UACAUUAUCUUUGGAAUAUUUCUGUGCAGAAAGGUCGGAAUUGUAAAUGAGAACUUGUUCUCAACUUGCCUACCUGGUUAAAUAAAGGUUUACCAACAUGGUCACUCUGGGAAAGUGCCUUACAUGCUCAAGACUACAGUUAGCUGUGAUGUUUGUGGUAACAGUUUAUCUGAAUACAGAUAUCACAGUGGCUAUGCAGAUAACAUCCACAGGGUCUCAAACCAUUCAAAGAGCCCAGGGGGAGACAGUCAUGCUGGGGUGCACAUACACCCCUGCCCCCUCUGACACAGGAGAUCUGGACAUUGAGUGGUUGAGUGUCCAUCCAGACAUGACCCAGAAAGACCAGCUGGUCAUAUCUUAUACAGGAGGACAGAAAUUACAUUACGGGGACCCCAGCUUGUCUAAGAGGAUGGACUUCACAGGAGACCCCGCGUUGGGAGACGCCUCCGUCUCCAUCUCUGCAGUGAAAGCCUCAGACACAGCCACCUACCAGUGCAAAGUCAAGAAGGCGCCGGGUGUCGACAUGCGAAAAGUCACUCUGGUGGUGAUGGUCCCUCCAUCAGUGCCUAAGUGUUGGGUUGAAGGCGUUGAAGAGAAGGGAGCUGAUGUCUCCCUGCGAUGCAAGUUAUCCGUGGGAUCCACCCCCCUUAACUAUGUCUGGAUCAGAGAGAGUGGAGGGGCCAUCCCGCCUACAGCAACACAAAACUCUCAGACUGGAGAGUUGAUGAUAAGAAAUCACUCAGAGAGCUACAUGGGAAAUUAUCUGUGUGUGGUGUCGAAUCCUGUGGGCAAAGAGCAGUGUAAAUACACCCUGCACGCAUACAACCCUCCCAACAAAGCAGGGAUCAUAGCAGCUGCUGUGAUUGGUGCACUGCUACUGUUGCUCCUCCUCCUGCUCCUCAUAUGGCUUCUGAUCUGCUGCUGCCACAAACGUCGCUAUGAGAAGGAGGUUGCCCAUGAAAUCAGGGAGGAUGCCCCAGCCCCAGAGAGUCGACCUGCCAGCAGGAACUCCAGCUUCCGCUCGGUCCGCUCGGUCCUAGGCUUCCGCUCCCCCCCUGGGGCAGUCUAUAGCUCAGUGACAAAAGGUCAGCCCAAGAGGACAGAGUCAGACAAUAGGAGCUUCUACACCAACAGUAGCAUAGGCAUGCCUGCCCCCAGCAAGCAGAAAGCCCCUCAUUUGCCACCUGUGCUGAAAUAUGACGGCAGUAAUGGUUACCCUGUGUAAUAAUGUUUUGGGUUGGGGUAAGGAUAAGCAUGAAACCUCAUACUUAAAAAAUUGUCAGUUUUAAGAUAUUUUGCCAACCUUCAGUAUAAACAGCUAUAUCACAUGCAGACCCGGCAUUACAGGAUAUGUAUAAUCUCAUUCCCAUGCUACUUCCACCCUGUACUUUGUGCAAUAGCCUGAAAACUCUUGGUGCAAUAGUGCAACGGAUAAUGUUUUAGUAACGUGAAGCUCAAUUGAGGAUUUUGCCAAUGAGAAUGAGUGAGAAGGAGAUGAUAUUUAAAGUGUAUGUCAGAUGCAGUGGUGUAAAAAUACUUGAAAGUACUACUUAAGUUGUUUUUUGGGAUAUCUGUACUUCACUAUUUAUAUUUGACUACAUUCCUAAAAGAAAAUAAUGUACUUCUUACUCCAUACAUUUUCUGACACCCAAAAAGUACUUGUUACAUUUUGAAUGCUUAGCAGGAAAUAAAUGGUCUAAUUCACACACUUAUCAAGAGAACGUCCCAGGUCAUCCCUACUGCCUCUGAUCUGGCGGACUCACUAAGCACAUGCUUCAUUGGUAAAUUAUAUUGUAGCGUUGGAGCGUAUCCCUGGCUAUCUGUAAAAAAAAGUUUGCUUAAUAUAAGAAUUUAAAAAAUGUAUACUUUUACUUUUGAUACUUAAUUAUAUUUUAGCAAUUACAUUUACUUUUGAUACUUAAGCAAAUAUGUUUUAGACUUACUCAAGUAGCAUUUUACUGGGUGACUUUUACUUGAGUCAUUUUCUAUUAAGGUAUCUUUACUUUGGGUACUUUUUCCACCACUGGUCAGAUGUAUGUUUUUUAUUCUAUGUGACUUAUUUUGUCUAACAGACAAGUAACCAAAAUGUUUGUAAUCUUUUCUGAGUUUAAUGAAAAUAUAUAUUUUUUUAAUCAAGCACUUGAUUCUGAAUCAGUUGUAUCCUGUACAUUUGUCACCAAUCGAAAAGUUAAUGACCCCACCCUCAAUACACCAGGCCAAUGAUUGUUAAUACGGAAUGACAUUGUGUGCCAGUCAUGUGAUUUAAGAUAUUGAUGUUGAUCUAAAACUUGACUGAUUUCAUACUGACUAGCCUCAGAAGGCAGACAGUUCAAAGAAUAAAAGCUUGAAGAAACUCUA